UACAAUAUACUCCCUUUAAUUUGUAUUCUUGGCAAGCUGUGUCUUUCAGUUUCAAUUCAGUGCCAUAUAUGGCUUUCACAGUGUCUAGUACUACUGUUGCAGGAGGCAACGUUUUUCCGUCCAUUUGGACGGAUUCCGAUGACUCUGGACGUAAUAUUAUUAGUAGAAAUGGAUUUUCCUUGAUGAACAAGGGAUCACUACUACAUCUCUCGACUAAGGGUCGCAACAGGCGGGCUUUAAGCGUCACCUGCAGCGUUGCCACCCGACCACUUUUUUCUGUUCCAUCAUCACCUCCACCGAGGGAAAGCAGCCAUGAACGAAAGCUAUCAGCUUGGACAAGCAUACGACAGGAGAGAUGGGAAGGAGAGCUGCUCGUUGAGGGCGAGAUUCCAUUAUGGCUGAGAGGGACCUACCUGAGGAAUGGACCAGGGCUGUGGAACAUCGGAGACUACAGCUUCCGGCACCUGUUCGAUGGCUACGCCACCCUGGUCGGACUUCACUUCAACAACGGCCGCUUGACAGCCGGCCACCGUCAGAUAGAGUCGGAGGCCUAUAAGGCAGCUAUGAAGAACAAGAGGCUAUGCUACCGUGAAUUCUCCGAGGUCCCAAAGCCGGCCAAUUUCUUCUCAUAUGUAGGCGAACUAGUUAACCUGUUCUCCGGUGUAUCGUUGACAGAUAACGCCAACACCGGCGUGGUUAUGCUUGGAGACGGUCGAGUCGUGUGCCUGACAGAGACAGUGAAAGGAUCGAUUCAGAUCAACCCGGAUACACUGGAGACAAUAGGGAAGUUCGAGUAUAGCGACAAGUUGGGUGGGUUGAUCCACUCGGCGCACCCGGUGGUGACCGAGUCGGAGUUCUUGACGCUAUUACCUGAUUUGGUGAACCCAGGGUACGUGGUAGUUAGGAUGGAAGCAGGGACGAACGAGAGGAAGGUGUUAGGAAGAGUGAAUUGUCGGGGUGGACCGUCUCCGGGUUGGGUCCACUCGUUCCCUGUGACGGAGAAUUAUAUAAUUGUGCCAGAGAUGCCGUUGAGGUAUUGCGUUCAGAAUCUAUUGAGGGCUGAGCCUACACCACUGUACAAGUUUGAGUGGCACCCUGAAUCCAAGGCCUUCAUUCACGUUAUGUGUAGAGCCACAGGCAAAAUAGUGACCACCGUGGAGGUGCCUCUGUACGUGACUUUCCACUUUAUAAAUGCAUACGAAGAGAAAGAUGAGGAUGGUCGAGCAACAGCCAUCAUCGCCGACUGUUGCGAGCACAAUGCCGACACCACAAUUCUUGAGAAGCUCAAGCUACAGAAUCUCCGAUCACUCUCCGGCGAAGAUGUAUUGCCUGAUGCUAGGGUUGGCCGUUUCACAAUUCCUCUGGAUGGGAGCGCAACUGGGAAGCUAGAGGCAGCGUUGGACCCAGACCAUCAUGGAAGAGGGCUGGACAUGUGCAGCAUCAACCCUGCUUUCCUGGGCAAGAAAUACAGAUAUGCUUAUGCUUGUGGAGCCCGACGCCCUUGUAACUUCCCCAAUACUAUCACUAAGAUCGACUUGCUCAAGAAAACGGCGAAGAAUUGGCAUGAAGAGGGUGCUGUGCCAUCAGAGCCAUUUUUUGUAGCCCGUCCUGGCGCAACAGAAGAAGACGAUGGUGUGGUUAUCUCCAUGGUCAGUGCUAAGAACGGUGAAGGUUACGCACUGUUGUUAGACGGUUCCACCUUUGAAGAGAUUGCCAGAGCAAAGUUUCCUUAUGGUCUUCCAUACGGGCUACAUGGAUGCUGGGUUCCAAAGAAUGCGGAAAAUCCACUACUGGGUAAAUGAUUGAUUGAUAUAAGAUGGUGAAGUGGCAAUACUAGUGUAUCAAGAAUUUCUACUCUGGAAUUGUGAAUGCUUAGCAAAUGUAUCUAUUUUGUAUAGUUUCUGCAUCUUUGACAUCUUUCAGACAAUCUCAGCCUACUUAGCUGUUUGAGCUUCCAAAUUAAGGUGUGAAAAAUAUGGAAUUUCAUCAAUGUACUAUAUGUAUGUAAUGACUAUCAGCAGGAUGUGGCUAUUGUACAUAGUAUGUAAAUGAAUUAUUAAUGGUUAUUCAGGUUAAA